AUGCCUUUUCGGUUUGGGACCCAGACAAGGAGGUUUCCAGUGGAAGGAGGAGAUUCUCCAAUUGGGCUGGAACCCGGGCUGAGCGCUAGUGCUGCCUGUAAUGGGAAAGAGACUUCACCAACCAGGCCACUCCGAAGAUGCCCUGGAAGUCAUUGCCUGACAAUAACUGAUGUUCCAAUUACUGUUUAUGCAACAAUGCGAAAGCCAGCUGCACAAAGCAGCAAGGAAAUGCAUCCUAAAUAG